AUGGAUCACGCGAUAAGCAUCCACAGGAGUGAAAUAUGGGCAACACGAAGAGCUAGGAUUGAAGCUUUGAAGGUGAGAUACGUCCCGACUCCAGAUAACCAACAACAGCUUGGAGAUGGUGAUCUGAACAAAAUUAUGGAUCGUGAACUAUAUGAAGCCACGAAAGAAGGGGAUGUCGAGAAAUUCAUCGAUGCAUUAGAAAAGGUGUCUAAGUUGAGGAAACUAGCUUUGUGGCAAAUCUUCGGCCAAGUCACUCCCUCCGGGAAUUCAUUGCUUCAUGUAGCAGCAAGCUCUGGAAAUGAUGAGGUCAUGGAGCUCAUUCUCAUUGAUUUCCCUGACCUCGUGACUUGGAAAAAUGCCUCGAUGGAUACUCCGCUUCAUCUUGCCGUUCAAGAUAGAAGGUUCAACGCAACAGAAAAGCUGCUUCGCCUGGGAACAGCCUCGGAAAUUAUAUACUGGGAGAACAAUGAUAGCAAAUCUCCAUUGUAUUUGGCAGCCGAAACUGGGCGCUUGGAGAUUCUUCAGCUUCUCUUGAAAGCUCCUGCUCAAGAUGAAGCUUAUGCAGUCAAGAUAAAGGGCAUUUCACCAGUUUUGGCCCAAAUUGAUGUAGAGAAAAUUUAUAUAUUGGAAGAAAUUGUGGAUAGGCUUCCGAAAUUACUUCACGUGCGUGGUGAAGACGGGGGGACACCAUUGCACUCUGCCGCAUCGGUUGGAAAUGCCAGGGCAGUGAAGGUCCUCCUGAGAAGAUGCCCUUAUCUCGCCCUUCAAACGGACAAAAGCGGCUCCUACCCGAUUCACAUAGCUUGCGAAGGCAGCAGCUUCGGGACAUUCGUAACGUUACUAAAUUACACGUGGCCCGACCUGGCAGAGAUAAAAAACGGAAAGGGUCAGAAUAUCCUUCAUGUUGCUGCCGAGGCUGGGAACAACAACGUGGUCCGACACAUACUCAAGGAAUGCGGGGAGCACACCAACUUAGAGAAGCUGGUGAAUUCGAAAGAUGUUAAAGGCAACACACCCCUCCAUUUGGCUUCAAUGCACACCCAUUGGGAAGUUUUAAGCACUUUGACGAGUCACGAAAGAAUUAAGUUGGAUCUUCUGAACAAUGACAAGUCGAACGCCCUGGAUGUGGCCAUGGAACCCCAAAGCUUCUCAAGCCAAGAUCCAGCGGUACGGGUACGUAAAAUUUUGAAAAAAGCUGCAAUACGGCAAAGCAAAGAUCGAGAUGUUCGGUCACCAAGAGAACAAAGUUCUGGAGCAAGCAAUCGACCUUGCGCCGAUUGGAUCAAGGACGAGAUUAACACUCAAUUGCUUGUAGCCACACUUGUGGCUUCCGUCACAUUCACUGCAGGCUUUACUUUGCCUGGUGGAUAUAAUGCUUCCAGUGAUCGACACCCAGGAAUGGCGACCAUGCUGCACAAAGGAGUAUUCCAGGUUUUCGUAAUUUGCGACGCGUUAGCCAUGUACAACUCCAUCCUUGCGGUUGUAGUCCUCCUCGGGGGUCGCGUUAGCUAUGUCCGCAUAGCAGAAAGAGCUUACAGCGUUGCAGGGGCAUUAUUGCUCUGUGCUUUUAUCAGCAUGGCAGUGGCAUUUUUGGGAGCCAUAAUUGUAGCCGUGAGCGAGCAAACUUGGCUCAUGGCGCUCAUUCUGUGCAUCGCAGUCCUUUACAUCGGGAGCCUCCUGGGCUAUUUUUCACCCUUGGUAGGCCUCGCGGCAAGCUGUAACUUUAAAAUGGAUAUGGAAUCCCGCAAUUAG